AUGGAUGGAGAGAGAGAGACGGAUAUUGCCCUGCCCAUCUCGCGUCUUCAUACGCGUACGGGCAGAGUUGUCAGCAUCACUCUGGCGGCUGAGUCGUGCUCGCCAGGCUCCGAGUCAAAAUGGUGCAGACGAGUCAAUCGCAGGUUUGUUGCAGAGUCUGAGCGGGAUAAGUGGCAGUGA